AGUUUAUGUUUACGCUCGCUGCAGUUCGGUUUGGUCGCGCGGUUCGCCUUCUCCUGAAGACGCGGAGUGAAGUGAUUUGGAUAGGUAAACUUUUAAAUUACAAACUUUUUAUUCUAGCAACAAAAGUAAAAUAAUACAAGCUAAAGAACGAAAGAAAGAAAUCGAAAAGCAGAAAGUGAAAAUAAAAUAAAUGAUAUAACACUAAAUCUAUCAACAAGCCUGCAAGUUUUGUUGAAAAUUCUCAAAGUGAUGAUGAUUCUUAUUCAAGUGAAGUGAAUUGCAUUCUGAAGUCUAAUAAACGGUAUUCGGUGAUAUGAUAAACACUUCGAUGGCGACGUUUUAUGCAACUACGAUGGAUAAAUGUUACAAAGCAACGCUGGUGGUGCUAAUUGGAAUAACAAGCUGUUAUGCAUUGCUGGAUGUUUCAGGAAUUGAUCCGAAAUUUAGUGCACCGAUAGCGAACGUAACCGUACCGGUGGGACGCGAAGGAGUGAUGACGUGUACGGUGCAUGAUUUGUACAAAUACAAGGUCGCCUGGUUACGGGUGGAUACGCAGACGAUUUUAACAAUCGAAACACUCGUGAUAACGAAAAGCGAGAGGAUAGCGAUCACGCACACGGAGCAACGGAUCUGGCAGCUCAGGAUCAAAGACAUACGCGAGUCGGACAAGGGUUGGUACAUGUGCCAGAUCAAUACGGACCCGAUGAAGAGCCAGAUGGGGUACUUGAAUGUAGUCGUGCCACCAGACAUUUUGGACUAUCCCACCAGCCAGGACAUGGUGGUGCUGGAGGGUACCAACGUAACGCUUACCUGUGCCGCAACGGGCGUCCCCGAGCCGACGGUCACCUGGAAGCGAGAAGGGGAGAAAUCUGUCACAUCCGUGGAGAAUUCCGGAAUAACGAGCCACGAUGGAGCGAUGCUGCACAUCUACCAAAUCGAGCGGCACAACGCCGGUUCCUAUCACUGUAUCGCAUCAAACGGCGUGCCACCGACGGUCAGCAAACGAAUUAUCGUAACAGUCAACUUCCAACCGAUUAUACGAAUACCGACGCGCCAGUACUACGCCGAGCUGGGCGGCCGGGUCAUUCUCGAGUGCCACAGCGAAGCCCAACCGAACUCCAUCAACUACUGGAUGAAGGGCAAGGGAGAAAUCAUCCUCCAGGGUGGCACGUACGACUCCACGCUCGAGGAUCACGUGUUCAAGGUGACGAUGAAAAUCACCAUUCGGCUCGAGAAGGUGUCCGACUUCGGUGUGUACAAAUGUGUGGCCAAAAACUCCCUCGGCACCACGGAGGAGUCGGUGAAAGUGUACCGCAAGACCUCCAAAACGAACAAACAGGUGGAGAAUCAGGUCAUUCAGCAGUCGAACUAUCUCGGGUCGACGACGUACGUCAAGAACUAUACCGAUAAUAAAAUCAACGAUAUUCUGCUAACCGCAUCGGCCGCUUCUUCCAGCGGGGCCAGCAUUUCCGGUGAUUGGCUAGCGAUGGUUCUCGCUGCUGUCGCGGUGAGAGUUUUAUGAUAAGGCACCGUAUUGCUACUUCUCCCGACUGCAGGGAGCAUUAACAAAUGUUAUACGAAUUACAAAUUGCAUAUGUGCAUAUAGCGGUAUUACUAUGUUAGCAGCGAAUGUAUCACUGUUUCCCCUGGGCAAAUGUACAUUGUUCUCCUGUUGUACGAACAGCAAUAAAUGGCAGUAAAACCUA